AUGCGCCCCCCUGCGAUGGACCUCAACGUUUCUGACACAUCACCUGAAAAAUCGCCUGGUGCGUCGCUUCUGGCUGGCGGAGCAGUUGGGGGCGCAGAGGAAACAGUAGCUGGCGUUGACCAUGGCUUAGCUGGUGCGGUGGAGGAAAGGAUGAUGGAUGAAGCUUGCAGAAGGGAUGAAAGGGACGAGAGAGACGAGCAGCAGCAGCAGCAGCAGCAGCAGCAGCAGCAGCAGCAGCAGCAGAAGCAGCAGCAGCAGCAGCAGCAGCAGCAGCAGCAGCAGCAGCAGCAGCAGCAGCAGCAGCAGCAGCAGCAGCAGCAGCAGCAGCAGCAGCAGCAGCAGCAGCAGCAGCAUGUGUCAUCACCUGCCUUCCCACGUCUCAGCCCUUUCCUUAGCUCGCUCUCCGCUUCAGCAGGAUUUCCCCUCAGAGGAGAACGGAGCAGCGGAGUGAUGGAGGGCAGCGGAGGUGAUUGGAGGCAGGCAGGACUGAGUCUAGCCCCUUCUGUUGCCUCAGGUGGAUUUUCAUGUGCUUUUGGUACUGCUUCUGCUAGAGAGGAGCAGCACAGGGUGGAGAAGGGGCGAGAGGAGCGGCAGGGGCAGGAAGAGCGGAUGGUUUGGCAGCAGCAGAGAGAGGAAAGGAUGCAACAGCGGCAGGGAGGGGAGGGACAAAGGAAGGAAGGGGCGCAGCAGCGGCAGGAGCAGGAAGGGCAGAGGGGAGCGCAGCCUUGGUGGUCUGGUGAGAGGCUUGGACGGAUAUGGAGGUCGGGUGGAGCGGAGGCAGGCGGGGUGGAGAGGCCCGAGGCCGGUUUUGAGAGUGCACAAGAACCCCUUGGGGGGACGGGAGAGCGUGGUCUGGAUGAGAACGUGGAAGGUUGGGAAGCCAGUCUUGUUGGGAGGGAUAGGGGUGCUGGGCAGGAGAGAGUAGGGGGUGCUGUGCAGGAGGGGGAACAAGUGUGGAAAAAGCCCAGGUUGGAGUUGGGACGGGGGCAAGAGCAACAAAACGUGCAUGAUUGGAGGGAGAACGAGCAGCAGCAGCAGCAGCAGCAGCAGCAGCAGGUUAAAGGUCUCGGAAGCACAGAGGAGGAAGAAGGGAAGAAGCAGGUGCCGCACGUGCACAGCCGAGACUCCAGUCCUGUGGUGCACCCCUCUCUCGCAUCCGCACCUGCCGAUUCCACCCACCAAGGCAUCAGGCCGCUAGCGCGUGUUGAGACGCCUGGAAACGUUUUUGCAAGCUUCUCCACAGCCGCGCUGAAUGAGUCAACCCACCGUGAGCAGCAGCAGCAGCAGCAGCAGCGGAGAAUAGAUGUGAGCCCUCUAGCGCAGAUGGACCUUAUGCUCACUGCCAGCUGGCACAGGCAGCUUGGCGGGCAUCCUAUAGCAGGUGAGGCGAUAGUUGAGCGCCCUGUACCAGCGCAUAUGAUAGGAGCGGACGCGUUAGGAGCUGAUCCGAUAGCAGAUCACCCUAUACAAGCGAUUUCAUUAGGAGCAGACGCUAUAGGAGAGAAACCUACACCACGGCACCCUGUAGUAGGUCGCUCGAUAGGAGCUGAUGCGAUCAGAAUGUACCCGAGAACAGGACACUCGGCUGGGGAUUUCGCCAGAGAUUUUGCAGGGGGUAGGACGAGUGCAGUGAGGGGCGGAGAAGAUGUCCAGAUGCAGCGAACUGGAAUUGGUGGGGCUGGCGGAACAGUAGCAAGGCAGGGAGACGGUGGUGGUGCUGCUGGUGAUGGUGCUGCUGGUGAUGGUGCUGCUGGUGCUGGUGCUGGUGCUGCUGGCAGUGGUGGUGACGGUGGCACGGGUGGUGCAAUGGGCAUUGGAGAUAGCAUUGGUUUCUUUUUGCAGGGGAAAGGCAGAGAGGGCGGCGCAGCCCUGAAGCUGUUUCGUUGGCAUGAGGCAGAGGGGCGGGAAAAGCGAGAGGGAGUGGAAGAGGGAGGGGGUUUGAGGGUGGGGCCAAGAGAAGUAGUGGGAGAGAGAUUGAGAGCGCAACUGGGAGAGGAGUCACGGGGUGAUAGGGGAAAGGCUGAGAGGUGCGGUUUUGAUGGAGACAAAGGGGCAAAGGUGGAGAGGUGGGGGGGUGAUGGGGGUGAGUUGCAACGGUGGGACCCUGGUGGGGGGGAGGAAGGCGAGGGGGUUAAAGGGGAGACGUGCGGCUUUGAUGGGGAUGGGGCGGCAACCCACCAGCUUGCGAAGCAGGUAGCGCAUCUGAACAGUGUGGUUGUGAGUAGGUGGAGCGUGCAACAGCAGCAGCAGCAGCAGCAGCAGCAGCAGCAGCAGCAGCAGCAGCAGCAGCAGCAGCAGCAGCAGCAGCAGCAGCAGCAGCAGCAGCAGCAGCAGCAGCAGCAGCAGCAGCAGCAGCAGCAGCAGCAGCAGCAGCAGCAGCAGCAGCAGCAGCAGCAGCAGCAGCAGCAGCAGCAGCAGCAGCAGCAGCGGGAGCAGCGGGAGCAGCAGCGGGAGCAGCAGCAGCGGGAGCAGCAGCAGCGGGAGCAACAGCGGGAGGAGGAGAGAGCAGGAGCACUGCCAAGCAAACUCCACCCGCCCUCAGACUUCCCUCCAUCCACCCAGCCAUUAGCACCACCAGCAACACGAGCACCCCCUUUUGAGGGGAGCUCCGUUCCGCCAUCCUUCCCGCAUGCACUCUCCCAUGCAGGCUGGUCCAACCAGGUCCAUCUCUCUCCUCUCCUCCCAACCCCACACUCACACCACUUUCCUUCGCUCUUCCCGCCCACCGCCCGGCAUCAAUCCCCUCUUUCCUCACUCCUCCCACCCCCACUUCCACGCCAAUCCCCUCUCUCCUCGCUCUUCCCUCCCCCACCCCCACACCAAUCCCCUCUCUCCUCACACUACCCGCCCCCACCCCCACUGCCAGCACCCCUCUCCCCACGCCCCUCUCUCCCAAUCUUCCCAGAUUCCAACACUUUUUCUGCCCCGCCCCCCCCGGCACCUCUCUUCUCUCCCCCAUUCUCCCCUUCUCCCACGCGGCCAGUCCUCCAAUCUGCCCCGCCGUCAUUUGCCUUUUCUCUCCCUUCACUCUCUCUAGCGCAAGAAGAGUGGGAGAAUCAGCAUCGGGAGGAGCAGCAGGAGGAGGAGGAGGAGGAGGAGGAGGAGGAGGAGGAGGAGGAGGAGGAGGAGGAGGAGGAGGAGGAGGAGGAGGAGGAGGAGGAGGAGGAGGAGGAGGAGGAGGAGGAGAAGAAGCGGAACAACUGGGUGGACUCAGAGGAAGUCUAA